AAGUAGUCAAUAAGAAUACUUUUUUCAAUAACUUCUGUAAAAGAGGACAACAUCGUGAGGUGUAACCAAAUUUUUCGAAAAUUUCUUAUCGAGAAUUCCGUUCCAUUUACUUUUCUCCCGGAAUGUCCUGAAAUUUGCAGUUUGGAAAUUCAAGAAUUUUCAGACUGAAUUGCUGGAAACUUUCCCAGGAAAUUUCUGCACCAUUAGGCUCCUAAGUUUUGUUGAAAGGAAAGCGCCCGUCUUGUUUUUUUAUUAAGUAUUAACUAAAUGCGACCAUUGUGAAUUGUUCGUCAUUGUUCACAUCAAUCACAUGUGUAUCUACAUUGUACACCAAACAUUGUUUCAAUGUUUCUUCUUUGUAGCCUGUUGCCAGAAGUUAUGACAAGUGACUCACACAAAUUCAGAAUGGCCUUGAUGCAGUUUGUAUCUCAACUGGCCAUGGUACCAGUCCCUCCGCCCGGCUCUCUUGGAAUUGAAUUUGAGCUGUAUGGCAUAAAACAUCUUGUACGUCCUGCCGGAUGUCCAGAAACCAGAGUUAUUAAUAUGGAGCUUCAUUACCCAUUUCUUUACUUCUCUUUGGAUGAUAUUCUUCUUCUAAUAAGCUGUAUUCUGACUCAACAACGGAUUGUCUUCCUCUCGUCAUCAUAUUCCCUCCUCACUCCUAUCAUUGAGAGUUUGUUCACCUUCAUUCAACCAUUUUCAUGGAGUUGGACAUAUGUACCAAUACUUCCAAGUGCACUUCUGGAUCUGGUUGAAGCGCCUGGUGCAUUUAUCAUGGGAUGUCACUCAAGACACAAGAGUCAAAUACAACGAGUUGUUAUGGAAAUGGACGAGUUGUCUAGCAUAGUUAUCGCAGAUAUUGACGAUGGAUCAGUUACUGCAAAUUCAAGAAUUCCACGACUGCCAACUUAUGCUACAGACCUGUAUAAGUUCAGAAUGAAAAACGCAACAAUCCACUUCGACCGGUCCCUCCUCCAAAGACAAACAUUCUACACCUUACAAGAAUGGCAAGAGGAAAGAGAACAGUUUGUUAGAGAUUUUCAACAGCUUGUUUUGGCAUCCACGUUAGAGAUGAUGUUACGAAUGUUCAGUGACAUGAAAAAUUUCAUUGUCCAGCAAGAAGAUCUUUUCUUUGACAUGGAUACAUACGUCGGGUCAAAGCCUUCAGAUGACCAAGAGUUUUAUCGUGAGGUAUGCAAGAGUCACGCAUUUAGCAUGUUUCUCUACGACCUUAUGCACGAUCCAGAAAAGACCGACUACUUUACUCUCAUGGCCCAGAAAACAAGAGUAGCUCCCAAGGCUGGACCUCUGAGAAAAAGAAGUUCCUCCACAGUUCCUGUCCCCGUUAUAUCCGAAGAAUAUUUUGACAACCCAGAGGAAAAUCUAAGCACCUUUGUGUUGCCGCCAUUUACCCUUGAAGGAAUUUACACAAGAAGUUUCUACGACGAGUACUUGAAGUCACUCACUGCCAAAAUAUUGGAUCGUAUGAACCAGUCUUCAAGUCUUCUUGCCAACUACUUAUAUCUGCGUGGGAUGUUAAGAAUUGCGCGGGGACAGAACAUCGAGGUAUGUGUUAUAAGGGUGCAUGUUCUGGACAAUGAAAUGCGUUUUGUUGAACUGAAAAUUUAUAGGACCGUGCAAGAAAUCAUGUGUAAACUGGACGACCAUGAAUUAGGGGACCUACGAACAAGACACUUCUGGAGGAAAGCCGAGCACCUGAGAAUGCAAGCCAAGGAAAAGGUAGACUUCAGACGGGACAGGAAAGAAGUGGUUACUUCUGCAAUUCCGUCUACUCCAUUGGUUCUUGCAGAGUUUGUGAAGCAUGUCAGCAUGCUACAGAUUGCUAACAGUCAAGAUGCCGGAACAAGACUGUUCGAAGCAUUGACAGUGAAUUCCAGUACCAAAGUGGUAGAUCCGGAAACGUUUGCUGCAUUCUAUGAAUCUUUCAGCCAGGCUGGUAUUAAGGCCAAGAGUAUUUUAUUUCGUAACAUUCUCUUAGGAGAAAAUGAGUAUGUGCUGAAGAUCUCGCAGCAUAUCAAGACCAAUGAGGGAAUGGGAUAUCUUGUUCUCACAGUCGACAGGUUGUUGUUCUUGCCCGAUGGAAGAAAAGACUGUAUUCGUAUCGUAGGGAAUGAAGAGAUCAAGAAUGUGGAGCCAUACUCCGAAAGCCGCCUUCUUCGUGGCGUAACAGCUAUUAAAAUAACCAGCAAAGUUAAGGGUUCAGUGCCAUUUGUAGCAUCUGUCAAGGAGGACGGAGAAUCCUGGCGUAAUUGUUUGUUGGAAAUCAAAGCAGGAUAUGAGGUUGCCUCUGCUUGGAAGGACCCGCAUAUAAUAAAGGAAGCUGCUCAAAAUGUGAUCAUGGCAGAUGCUCUAAGACAAAGUGACUACGCUGAGCAAACUGCAACGCUUGUCCUUUAUUUUAGCACACUCAGUAACUUCAGAGAGCAACUGUCUGAACAUACAAGAAAGGUACGGAAAAGAUCGGCAAUGCGUUUGAGAACAUUCUACAUGCGGUGUCCAUCCACAAAUGUUAAAGCGUCAAAUUAAAACUAAGCUUAAAAUGUGCAAAACAUAACUGUAGUGAUUUGAUUUAGAGCCAUCCUUCCAAUAAUCAC